GUGGCAAAUUUAAAAAUUUUCUCGCUGUUUUAGCUGUAAGGAUCCUCAUUCCAUUACAAUACGUUGUUUCUUUAGUCAUUUAUUUGUGAAAUAUAAACAACAAUGAAUAAUCAGCGCAGAGUCCUGGCUGAUACAGCAAACUGUUCCAGCAAGUUGCCCAAGUUAACACCAAAGCUAACAAAAAGAAAAAACAGCCCAAAUGAGACUGAACCAGUUAAAAAGAUGAGGUUUGAAAAGCCCGUCUCUAAGAUCAGAACUAAUCUGACAUCCAGUUCCCGUUUAGCAAGUUCUCGAAGUAUUCCAGGUUACAAUCCAAGGCGAGAAACUAUGCCUGCACGUGGAAAUGCUAUUAUGAAUAGUACCGUUGCUAAAACAGAUAAAGGUGUUGCUGCAGUUCGACCAACUUUGGCUGUCUCUCCUAUUGAAGCAAGUAAACAAAAGUUGAAGAAACGACCUGCAUGGGACCUGAAGGGUCGUAUUCAAGACAUGGAAGAGCAGUUAAAAAACAAGAAUUCAUUAGAACAACAAUUGUAUGAGAUGACUAGUCGUAUUGAUCAACUGGUGAGUCAAAAAGAACAUUUGACUGGCACUGUUACUGAGAAGGAACAAUUUGCCACUAAUGUUUCUAAGGAAGUUGAAGAUUUAAAGCGUACCUUGCGUACAAAAGAGAAUGAGAUCGAUGAAAUGUCCCAUAAGUUCCGAAGAGAAAUGGAUGAGAUAACCAGGAGAGAGUCUACUUUGUCAGCUCAGCUGAAUGGUAAAGAACUAGAAGUAAUUGCUCUUCAGUCAUCCCUAGCUGAACAGUCAGCUGCUCAUGCAACUAUUCGGGCAGAUUUGGAAGUAGCUAAGCUCAAUUUUGAAUCUGCUCAGAAGGAUCUUGUUUCAAAAGGGUUGCAAAUCAACGAACUUAAACAAACUGUUCAAGACUUGGAAGCAAUUAUAGAAAAUAAUAAACAGAAGAUGCUUGAGCAUGAAACUGUUCGUCGUAAGCUGCACAAUACUAUAUUAGAAUUGAAGGGAAACAUUCGUGUGUUCUGCCGUGUCCGUCCUUUGCUCACAGAUGAAAUAAACUCUGGUCAAGGAGUAAUUAGCCACAUUAACUUCCCUGACAUUGAUGGAAGGACAGUGGAACUUGAGAGUGUCUGCCCCAAUACUCAUAAUGAAAGUUUGUCAACAUCAGUUGCUGAGAAGUCCAGAAAAAAAUUAAACUUCACAUUUGACAAAGUGUUUCAGCCAGAAACAACUCAAGCGGAGGUCUUCAAUGAAAUUUCCCAGCUUGUUCAGAGUGCACUCGAUGGCUAUAAUGUUUGCAUCUUUGCAUAUGGCCAGACUGGUUCUGGUAAAACAUAUACAAUGGAAGGUGGUAAUGUAGAAGACGAAGAGACGAUGGGUAUGAUUCCAAGAGCUACUAUUCAAGUGUUUGAAACAGUUGAAUUGUUAGUUGAGAAAGGCUGGAAGGUAAGUUGCCAUUUAAAAACCUGAUAUAUAAAAAAAAGA